AAUCCCUUUCUCUCUCUAGAAAAACAAACCCAGCACCUUCAUCACCACACUUCCCUCUAUCUCCUCAAAGGAUAACAGACAAGAGAGAGAAAUUUAGCUUAGCUAGAGAGAGAAUAGACACCAUUAAACUAUGGGGAAAUUUUUAGGGAAAUGCAAAGAAAUAGUUGGCGAAAUUGCGUUUGUUGGAGUAAAAACUAGAGCUAGAGCUAGAGCUGCUUUAAUGGCGGCAACUUCAACUCCAUCACCUACCAAGAAGAUCAAGAAAGUUUCUAAAUCCAAUAUUUUACAGUAUCAGCUAAGAAAUCGCAGAAGAACGACGUCGUUUUCAUCGCAAGUUGUUGUAGAAGAAGAAGAUGAAAUUGUGAAUCGUGAAAGCAGUAGGGAAGUAAUUAUAACUUCUACCAGCUCGGAUUUUCCUCCUCCAUGUUGCUCAAGCAAUAAUGUUGAUGGUGUUAAUGAAGAUGAAGUUAACAUUAAUUUGUCAAAAUCUAGCGAAAGUGAAGUUGUUAAGGAUUGUUUGGAAAUUAGUAUUACAGAUCCAGAGGUUCAAAGUACUGAAGAAGCGUCGUCAAGGUACAUAGACUGCCAUAGAACAGAAGAAGCUAGGGAAAUCACGAAAUCAGACGGCCAACAAUCUUCAAACACACAAUCAACUGUUCAAAACAAGAUGCCAUCUAAUUCUGAAAUUGAAGAUUUUUUUGCUUCUGCUGAGAAAGAAAUCCAGAAACGCUUUAUUGACAAGUACAAUUUCGACUUUGAGAACGAUGCACCAUUAGAAGGUCGUUAUGAAUGGGUUCCAAUAAAGCCAUGAAAGAUGAAUCAUCAAAUUCUUCCACAAAAUUUAGCUGCUAAAUUUGUCAAGUAAUUUAAAUGUUAGUUUUUUUUUCUUCUUUUCACUGUUGAUCUAAUUUCCUCCCAAAAAAGAGGUAGUUUUCUUGGUUGAAUUAUUUUUGUCGUCGGGGAAGAAGAAGAUUACACUGGCUAUCAACAAGAUUAGAGAAGAAAGUAGUAGUAAUAGUGCUAGUUGAUUGUACAUUCUGUCUCCUUUUGUAUCUUCACUCUUCAGUAGUAGUAGUGGUACCAAUUCUCUGAGUCUCUGAGAGAAGUCAGUUUAUCCCAAGUACAAAACUCACUACAAAAGAAAAAUAAACUCCCCAAUAUUUACGCAAAAUGAUUAUUGUUAUAAAUUUAUAA